AAUCAUUGUAUUCUGAAUCCUCGUCAAGCAAUGACCAUAUAUUUUAUAUUCAUCGUGCUGCUUAUCAGCUUUUCAAAUGGUCAAAGAACCAAUCAGAAAAAAUGCAGCUCAGCUGACUACAAUCCACAAGUAAGUAAGGCAGGCCAAUAUCCAUGGGUGGUUGCUAUACUGGACCAGAGAGACUGGAUUCAUCUCUACAUAGGAGUGGGAUCUCUGAUCGCGAAAAAUUUGGUCCUAACUUCCGUUCGCAUACUAAAUGAUACUUCCGAGGCUGAUCUGCUGGUGCGCGGUGGCGAAUACGAUUAUUCUACGGACAAAGACCAACACCAUGAUGAUGUUGAAGUAGAAAUGAUAAGGCGACACGAAGGAUUUGAUGAAAGAACUGCCACAAACAAUAUCGCUUUGCUUGUUCUGAAAUCCGCUUUUGAUGGGAAUACCAAUGUUGGAACCAUAUGUUUGCCUCCUCCAACGGGUUUCACGGCAUUCGAUGGAAGUACCUGCUUUUUUAACGGAUGGGGCAAAGCGAAAUUUGACUCAGAGGACUAUCCCAGCAUUCUGAAAAAAACCGAUAUCACGGUAAUAUCCAGAGAGGAAUGCGUGAGGGCCAUAGGAGCUCCAGUGCCUACCCAAUUGCUUUGUGGCACCGGCUUGCAGGGCAAGGAUUCCGAUGGCGACGGUGGAGCUCCUCUGGUUUGUAUAAUACAGGAUCAAUUCUAUCAGGUUGGCAUUGUGAACUGGGGAAAGCAAAAUGCCACUGAAACAAAGCCAAUCUUCUAUACGAAAUUGGAAGUGUUUCGGUCCUGGAUUGAUCAACAAAUAGUCAUAAUAAGACAAACUCUAAAGUAAAGCUCUUACAAAGAAUGCGGCAAUAAAUGAUUAUUCAAAAAACUAUA